CCCACCCACCAAUCAGCUCAGCCAAUCAGAGGAUAGGGACCACACAGCGGCGUUUGCAUAUGAUCUGUAUAAGACGAGCAGUUCUUAGCGCUCAAGUUAAUAUUACGACGUUUACAAAAAUGCCUGAACCAGCCAAGGCCGCGCCCAAGAAGGGCUCCAAGAAAGCCGUAACCAAGACCGCCGCUAAGGGCGGCAAGAAGAAGAGGAAGACCCGCAAGGAGAGCUACGCCAUCUACGUGUACAAGGUGCUGAAGCAGGUCCACCCUGACACCGGCAUUUCCUCCAAGGCCAUGAGCAUCAUGAACUCGUUUGUCAGCGACAUCUUCGAGCGCAUCGCCGGCGAAGCCUCCCGCCUGGCGCACUACAACAAGCGCUCCACCAUCACCUCCAGGGAGAUUCAGACCGCCGUCAGGCUGCUGCUUCCCGGGGAGCUGGCCAAGCAUGCGGUGUCAGAGGGCACCAAGGCGGUGACCAAGUACACCAGCUCCAAGUAAACACUGCUACGACCACCACAAAAACAAAGGCUCUUUUAAGAGCCACACACUUGAUUUGAAGGAUUAUCGACCUGUUGUUCAAACGGACCAGUUGACUGAUGGGGAAAGACUGAUUACAUCAGAAACUUCUCAAUACAUACAAUAGGCACAUUUCACAUCUUCUGCCACAUGUUUUAAAUACAUUGACAGGGUGAAUCCAUGCUGAGCUGUUGGUAACCUAGGACCUACAUUCUCCAAUCACCUGGUUCUUUGAUCUCUAACACUUGCUGAUAGUAAUGCCGAGAAGCCUCCUGGGGCCUGUUUCAAGAAGGGUGUCUGUGGAAACUCAGUUUGUUAACCCUGAAAUAAGGAAAACUCAGUUUUUGGUUUCAGAAAGCAGGCUUACUUAAACUCGUAAACCGGGGUAAGUUUAAACCCGUUUCAUGAAGCGAGGUAAUUGAAACUCAGUCAGUUACUAUGGCAACUAACUGUGAACCUAACCUGGUCGUGAGCAGGUUUUGUUCGGGAAACCCAGAGUUUCCUUCGGUCUCUGCCCCUUGUGAACAGUGUUAAUACCUUGUUUAAUCUUUCAGUACAUUCAUAGAUUUCACCUGUUUCUUUCGCACAGAGACCAAAAUAUCCGUUUCUAGAGGAUCCUGUAGUAAUAUUUAUUUUAGUGGUACCGUUUUUCUUGAGACUCCAUACAUAUAUUAUUAAUCUUAUUUACCCAUACGUCAAACACAUCACCCAUCGUGGCCGUGCUCUUACAUCCGAGCAGGUUCUUUGUGCUGCGUUGCGUUUUUUUUUUUGCUAACGGUAGUUUUCUUUAUAACAUUGGAGAUGCUGAGCACAUUAGUGAAGCCACUGUAUGUAGAAUAGUUCGACCUCAAGCGCUUUCCUUGACACAAACUCCUCAGAGCCAUUAAAGAAGAGUUUCACAGGA